AUGCAAAAGUGCGCUCCCCUUCCAAUUAGUACACAAAAUGCAAACAUAGGCCAUGGAAUCUCCGUCUCCGAUGGUUUCUUCACUCUUUAUCAUGAUAAACCAUUGAAUAUAAAAGCUGUGGAAGCAGACAAUAUUGUUAUCAGUUCAUAUUCAAUAACCGAAUCUAGAGCAACCACAAACAUAGCAAAAAUGGCAUUCAAAUUUGAUAAUUUGCAGUUCGUAGUUUUGUUUGGAUUUAUCGCUGCCGCUAGUGCUGGAAUUCUUGCUCCAGCUGCGCCAUUCGCUGCUGUUGCUCAAGUAGAUCAAUACGAUCCACACCCACAAUACACCUACGGAUAUGACGUACAGGAUGCCAUCACUGGUGAUUCCAAGAACCAAGUGGAGAACCGUGAUGGAGGUGUUGUCAGUGGACAGUACUCUUUGAAUGAUGCUGACGGUUACAGACGUAUUGUGGAUUAUACUGCUGACCCAAUCAACGGAUUCAACGCAGUUGUCCGUCGUGAACCUUUAGCUAUUGCUGCUGCACCAGCUUUGCUUAAGGCUGCCCCAGUUGCAGUUGCCGCCCCAGCACCACUUGCAUAUACUGCUGGCGCCUCAUUUGUAAAGACAAGUUAUGCAUCGCCACUUAUUUCCUACGCUUACUAA